UUGGCUGGGCCUUCGGCGCGCUUUUCCCGGAGCCAAAAUGUCUAUGGCCAGUGAUUUCUACCUGCGCUACUACGUGGGACACAAGGGCAAGUUUGGACACGAGUUUUUGGAGUUCGAGUUCCGGCCCGAUGGAAAGCUUAGAUAUGCCAACAACAGCAAUUAUAAAAAUGAUGUCAUGAUCAGAAAAGAGGCUUAUGUACACAAAAGUGUAAUGGAAGAACUGAAGAGAAUUAUUGAUGACAGUGAAAUUACGAAAGAAGAUGAUGCUCUGUGGCCUCCUCCUGAUAGGGUUGGUCGACAGGAGCUUGAAAUUGUAAUUGGGGAUGAACAUAUUUCUUUUACCACAUCAAAAAUAGGUUCUCUUAUUGAUGUAAACCAGUCUAAGGAUCCUGAAGGCCUUCGAGUAUUUUAUUAUUUGGUACAGGACCUGAAAUGUUUAGUUUUUAGUCUUAUUGGAUUACAUUUCAAGAUCAAACCUAUCUAAGCUGGAUGAUUUUGGAAGUUUUUAUAUUUAACUUAAGGAUGGAUAAGGAAGGAUUUGUUACUUACAGUAGUGAGAUUUUUGUGGAAGUAAAACAAACGCCUUUUUUGUAGGCAAACUGCAAGUGGGAAAAUACAUAAGUGGAUUUUACAGUUACCUUCAUUUGGGUCCAGUGGGCUAUUUUGUAAAUAAGUUGGUUUUUGUUAAACUUCUGUUUCAAUAAAGCACAUACAUUUCUGAAAAAAAAA